CACCCGGCGGCGGGGACGGCGGCCGCGGCGGAUGGCGGCAAGCAGCCAGCUUCUGAGGCACAGGACAGAUCAAGCAUUUUUGUGAGGAUGUUGAUGUAGACUGCACAAGGCUUUUAAUUAAAGCCCCAGUCUUACGAAGUCCUGGCAUCUUCAGCAGAUGAGCCUUCUGCUCACAUCAACUGCAGGUGAAGUCAUGUAAUGCUCAGAGGCUUGAGGGGCUGCUCUGUUUCUAAAGGUACUGAAAGGUUCAGGCCGGUGGUUUCCCUGUGCUCUCCAUAGCUACUGCCUGGUGUUGCCUUGAGGAGGAGAAGCAGCGGCGGGAAGGCAGGCACUGCCCUGAGGAGAAGCAGCAUUGGGAAGGUGGGCACUGCCCUGAGGAGAAGCAGCAGUGGGAAGGCGGGUGCUGCCCUGAGGAGAAACAGCGGUGGGAAGGUGGGCUCUGCCCUGAGGAGAAGAAGCAGUGAAGUAAGUGCUACCCUGAGAAGUGUUGGAAAGGCAGGUGCUGCCUCUUUGCUGUGGGGUGCCAGCCUGCAGCUCAUCGUGAGGCUGACCGUGCCUCCCUGCACUGGCCGCCAUGGAGACCCUAUCCCAGGACUCUCUGCUGGAGUGCCAAAUUUGCUUCAACUACUACAGCCCCCGCCGGCGGCCGAAGCUCCUGGACUGCAAGCACACGUGCUGCUCGGUGUGCCUGCAGCAGAUGAGGACCAGCCAGAAGGACCUGCGCUGCCCCUGGUGCCGUGGAAUCACCAAGCUGCCGCCGGGGUACUCUGUGUCACAGCUGCCCGAUGACCCCGAGGUGAUCGCUGUCAUCGCAAUCCCCCACACCUCGGAGCACACUCCUGUCUUCAUCAAACUCCCCAGCAAUGGGUGCUAUAUGCUGCCCUUGCCUCUCUCCAAGGAGCGGGCGCUACUGCCGGGAGACAUUGGCUGCCGCCUCCUGCCAGGUGGCCAGCAGAAGUCCCUGGCAGUGGUGACGAUCCCGGCAGAGCAGCAGCCGCUGCAGGGUGGCCUGCCCGCCGAGGCAGGAGCGGAGGAGCCGGACCGGAGAGGCGUUGUGAAAAGUUCCACUUGGUCGGGGGUUUGCACUGUGAUCCUGGUGGCUUGCGUCCUGGUCUUUCUCUUGGGCAUUGUUCUCCACAACAUGUCGUGCAUUUCCAAGCGCUUCACGGUGAUCUCCUGCGGCUGAGGCGGGGAGAGGGAGUGUGCCUCCCUGGGGGUUGCUUGGGUUGGGUCGGUGCUGGAGGUAGUGGUAUGGAGCGAGACAAUUCACCUCAGCUUUGCCCAAUGACUGCAGAAUGCUGUGCAGGGCUGCAGUGGGGUGUGUGUGCCGGCCCGGCCGCAGCCCCCGGCGCUGUGACGUCGGGCCUCUUGGCAGCGCGAGGAGAAAACCACGUCCCGCGUCUGGCAGCAAGGACACUGAGGAGGACUGCAUGCAUCCAUCACCAUAAUCAUUUAUCAGAAAGACUGCAACUUAGAGUGAUUUUUUUUUCCUUUUUUUUAUCGUGUUACGAGAUUAAAGACAUCUAUGUAGCUGGUUAUACUGUAAAGUGUAGGGUAUGAGCUCUUCUCUAAACACAGUAGACUAAAAUCAAUCCGUGCUCCAUGUAGAAUUAAAGGAGAAUUGGCGUGCAACUCUGUACAAGGUGUUGAAUACCAGUCCACACAUGCAUUAUUUUUUACUGGGGGGAGGGAGACUUAUAAAACCAAGAAAUCAUUUAGCUGGUAAGGCAUUUUAUAUGUUUUAAACUGUGCAUCAAUUAAACCAAUUUAGGCAGUUGUACAAUAGUUUUUAAAAGGAAAUGUUUUACAAACGUUUCGUUCUGUGAUGUAUGUCUUGCCUCUCUGUUUUCCCUCAUUUGUCUUUUUUUUACUACAGGGAAGUGGCACUUCAAACAUCUUUUGGUUGAAGGAGCUUCCAUGCAGGGAAGCAAAAUGGGCUAGGAGGAAUACCUAAAAGUGCACCCAAAACACUUCUGCAUAACUGGCUUCACACAAAGGAUGGCUUUGAAUGGUAAACAUUGGACAUACUGUUUUGCCUCCAAUCUAGCACGAGGGCUUCCCAAUGACUUGUCCUUCAUAGGCAAUACUGAAGAAAUGGGUCAUUCAGGAGUCCUAGGAUGACUCCUGCGAGGAUGUGAUGGCAAAUUGCUCUUUUUUUUUUCUAGAGACUGUGUUUUAUUAAAUUGUUUUUAAAAGGUUUAGACCUAUUUUGCCUCCAUCUUCUUAGGAGAUGCACCUGGGCACCCAUGGGUGCUGUUAUUGAGGAGUUGCUCUAAGGAAGCCUUGCCAUCCUGAUACCUUAAUAUGCAAUCAUCUAGUAAAAGGUAGUGAUGUAGCUGGGAGGAGAACCCAGGCCAACCUUCAUACUAUUCUGAGUGGGAUACCCCUCCUAAUCCACUGUGGUGGUCCUUGUGUCAAAAUGUGUGUGGGAGCAUAACCGAGCCUUUUCCUGCGUUUCAGGCUUAUAAAUGCUGGUGUUUGUAAGAACAGAUUUGAAAAAACAACAAACCCUCAAGAAGUGUCCCCCUCCACAUCUGAGUGCCAUCAAACCCCAGUCAUUUACAGUUCACUUCUUGGAAAGCCAAAUUCCUGAGCCUUUGCUGCAGUAGUACCUUGCUCUGAGCAGUCCCACGGGCUUUAGUAGUACUGCUCGUAAUUGAAACAGAGCUCAGAGGAUGCUUGGCAAGUUGCAGCUGAAAUUUGUGUGAGGUUUAAGGAUUGGUUUGAGGGCACAUGACACACUUAACGAGACAGUAACAUUUACUGAUUGCGCUGUUUCUUCUUGCACAUACAAAGUGCAACCUCCCUGAAGUGUGACUUCUUGUCAUCUAUCUGCUACUCUUUCUGAUAAUUAAUUAGAGAUGCUCUAUGCCAUAUUACAAGUCCAGAGAACAUAAUUUUGGCUAGGUGGUGCCCACAUUGGCCCUGUAGAUACCAUUGUUUCUUCUGGUUGUGUCACAAAAUCCAGUUGCUGGUUCACAACUGACAUUCUCUGCUCAGUUGGGAACAUACCUCUAACUUCAUGCUGGAUUUCUUCCUCUCCCUGUUCCCAAGCCACCUUUCCCUUCCCUGAUUCCAGUUAACUGAAGAAUAGCCUAUAUGGUGCUUAAUUGUUAUGUGUUUUGGGUCACGUACAGAGAGGAACCAUUGUGCUGAUUUUUAUCUACUGUCACAUGUAUGCAUAGCACAGCAAAAAAAGGAAAAAAAAAGUAAAAAAUGCUCACAUAACACAUUAAAUGCCUUUUUUUGUGCAAGGCCUGUGUGCAGUAUGCCUUGAACCUGGCUUAUGAGUGUUGUAAUUACAUGGACGCCUCUCCACAGCAUGUUUUAAUUGGGCUGCAGUAGGGAACAGCAGGUAUUCCAAAACGUGUCUUGUGAACGUGCUAGUCUCUUGUUGCCAGUAGGUAGCCAGAUUUCUACUGACAUCCAUGCUACGCUGCUUGUUGUGUCAAGGAAAGCCAGUUCACACAAAAAAAAUAUAAAUAUCUUGCCUUUAUAAGACUCUUGAGGAAGUGACCAGAUACAGGACUCGACCCUCUACUGCCUUAUUCCCUGUAGCAAUUGCUGGAUGUCCCAGGAGCGUGUAGCAUAGCUGGAAGAUGCUCCCAGAAGAGCGCUGAUGUGUUUCGCACCAGCUUCUGUGUUUAUCUGAGUUGUCAAUGGCUGCUCAAAACCACAAGGCAGUCAAAGAGCAGGCCCUGGAGAUACAGUGCUGAUAACUUCAAUCUUCUUCCAGCCAUACCUGCCCGACCGAAGCUCUCGAGGCUGAGAUUUCACUGGUGUUGCAAAGAACGGCUGGCUUGAAAACCGCCCUCUUUGUCCCCUUUGCAGGAUGAAAGGGAAAUCAGAAAUUAGGUUAAAAUACCACCCUGCAUAACACACUGUGCAACAGGCAGACCAUGGAGUUUAUUCGGUAUUAAUGACGUGUUGCAUUAGCAGAAUACCAUCCUGUGUUACGGAACACGGUGCAUUGUUUCGUUAAUACGAACUUCCUGUACUUUUUGUGCCUGCCAAAAUGCAUGUUUGACCUAAUUUCUGAUCCAGACAUUUGCCUGCUCACAGCCUGGUGUAAGAGCAAUAAGUAAAACCUCAAGGUUUUUGCCUGCGUGUGCGCGCAUGGUGUGUACGUUCAUUCCUUUUUAUAAAUACAUGUUCUGGAAAAUGUCUGGUUUUUUUCUUCUGGCUUUAGACUGUGACAAUGAUUUUAAAUUUGCAGCCAACAUAUCAUGUUGGAUCACCUGGCUUUUUUUCUCUUUUUGCUGACUUGUGUAGAAGUGAACUAAAUAGUUUGUUGUAAUGUACAGCGUUUAAAUGUUUCUCGAGUACGUUGAUAGUCAUACUACUUUAAAAAUGCAGUGCAGUCUGUCCCAUUCCUUGGUUCAAUACCUGGCAUUGAAAAGUGAUACUGCUAUAUAUACACCUGACUUCAAUUUAAUCUUUUUAUUGUGUUAAACAGACACAUCUCUUUGUAAUUUUCCUUUGCCAAGAAAUUUGGACUUGCAUCAAAGUCAUCAGAUUCUGGGCUAGUUUUCGUUCUCUGUUGUCCAGUAAGAAAUCACUGCCCAGUUCCACCAAAAAAAACCUUACUGUGACACAGUACUGUUUGAGCAACCAAAAUUUAUGUUACAACUUGUGGGUAGUUACUCAAGCACCUGCAUUUUUAGAGGAAAUUAUUCCGUAUGAAUGUGUAUUUAUUUGCUUGUUUAAUGGGAAGGGUGUGUGUGUUGGGGUUCAGCUUAUUUGGUUGGUUGAUUUUUUUUUUCCUGGAGGGUCCCAAUUCCAUUUUUGGCUUGUGCUUUCCUGGCAAACAAACUUUAGGGUUCACUCUGUGAAAUUUUGUUUAGUGAAUUUUAAAAAUUCAAAAUAUGCAAUUUUGGUAUGCGGGAUUUUUUUAGGAAAUUGUGCGUUCAGUGAUUGUUCAUGCUUAACCAAGAUGUAAAGGAGCCUGGAUGUUUUGUAAACAUGGAGCAGUCAUGAGUCCAAAGUUUCAUCUUUAUUAAUGAAGCUCGGUCUGAAUAAAAACAUUAGCGGGAACAGAAUGCUGUCAAGUGAACUGGUGGUAUCUCUCUUACUUUGCCAUCAAAUGAAGAGCAUGGAAGGGAAUUUGGCAAAAUUGCUCCGUAUUUUCUGGGGGAGUGGCUGAAAGUUGACUGUUUUAAGGCAAAGUGUUGAGUGUGGAUGGUGGUAAAUAGUAAAAGGUUGUUUAUAUUUUAUUUUGUUGCCUUGGAAUACAGAAUUAGAACUGAUGACUGCUGAGCCACACAACAUUUUCUGUCUCUUAUUUGUUUGUUUUAAUCAGGUAAGGAAAAUGUUUACUUAAAACUUAUGGAAGUGAGAUUACUGGCCUUGACUUAAGCAUGUAUUGUGCAGACUGUCACACUGGCUUCCCCUUCCACCUGAGCCUCCCUUCCCAUUCACAUUAAUAUUGCUGGAACCUUGGACAGCCAACCUUCCUAAUACUGCAAAUGCUUUUCUGGUGUAGAGAUGGCUGAUAUUGCACUGAUUUUGUUACACUCACAACAGGGUGAAACCAAAACCAAACAGUUCAUAAAUGAUUUGAGCUCCUGGUACCAAAAGCUCCAGUCACCAGCCUACUACAUAAACUGGUCCAAGCCUUAAUGUUCCUUGGAUCUUUUCACAGAAAGGCCAGGUAGAGGAGGAUGUUUCUUCCUGCCAAUUAGUGAUGGGUCUGGCAGUGUGAGGUUAGUGGUUGGACUCGACGAUCUUAAAGCUCUUUUGCAACUGUAAUGAUUUUAUGAAAGGGGCUGUACCCACCAUCCACAGCUAAACUGCCCUCAGAGAAUGUGGCCUGCUGGUGAGAGGCACAGAGUGAACAUGUCUCAAAUAAAUGUUGGGGUUGAAAAGCUUCCUUAUCCUAGUUGCAAAAAAAGUGUGCCUUCAGAUUUGUUUUUUCCAGACCUUUUCUAUGGGUGGAUGGGAGGAGGAGGGAGGGAAGAAGGUACACGGUAACAAACGGAGUCUCGGUAUUGUCUUGGAGGCUGUGGAAGGAUCUGCUAGCCCUGAAGGCAAAGGUUUUUGUGCAAGAGCUUCAGUAGGACAAGAUUGUCUGGAAAUGAUGCAACGUAUUCACAGCACGUUGGUGACCUUUCUGGGGCUGUACAUUGUCACUUCACCUCUUGCAUGCCUGUGUCUCAAGCAAAGCCGCUUGUUUCAUCCUCAAGUUGAACGAUUUUACAGGCAUUUCUUAAGUUGUCCUGGGCAUCUCUAAUGGAAAAAAUUACCUUUCAGGUUCAGUGAAAUAUAAUGCUUAAUAAAUGUUUGGAAAAUA